AGACGCCUGAAGAUGGCUUCAAUAGGUUGAAGAGAGUUACUUUGAUUGGUGAUCAUCAUCAGGUAUUGUAUGAUUAAAAAUAUUUUUUUGCCAUCCAAGAAGUGAACAGAUGGGAAUUCGAUGCUAAACUCUUUCCCUUGUAGUUGCCUCCCGUUAUCAAAAACAUGGCUUUCCAGAAGUUCUCCAACAUGGAGCAAUCUUUGUUCACGAGAUUUGUCCGUCUUGGCGUACCAACCGUCGAUCUUGAUGCACAGGGACGAGCUAGACCUAGGUAAGUUCCACGCAGCAGCGACGGAAGCUAGUACAGGUUAUUUUUCUGACUCUGUUUUGCCCAAAAGAUUACCUAUACAGCAGGGAGUCUGCUGGCACGAUUACCCUCUCCUCCCCGAAUCAUAAUGUAACCUUCACAUGUCUUUUACUUAAAUUAUUGCAAUGAGUUGAAGAUGGUACGUGUGUUCACGUUCUUGGUCAUGGUUUUUCUUGUACUGUGAAACGAAUUCCAUGCUGUUUGUGGUUUUCUUACUUUCUUGAGUUGCCCACGGAAUUCAACCCAAACAACUUCAAUUUUACUGCAUUUAAAUUUUCCAUCACAUGAUUGAGUUUCAAAAAAGUCCUGGAAAAAACCCUGACUAUAACCAAUUUGCCACUAACACCCCAAUUUUCUUAGGCCGGUGUUGAAAUAUCAGAGCAGUCUCGUACCCAGAGCUACCUGGGUACGAGUUUGAGGUCCUCAGAAACAAUAGACCAUAAGUAUAAUGACGUCACAAGGCUUGAUGUCCGCGAGAAAUGCUGGUCCAUGUAGUCGUCGCACGGGAAAGUUUCGAUAGUGGCCAUUUUGAAUUGUUUAAUUUUGCGGGCGAUGACUACUAAGACCAGCAUUCCUCGUGAGCAUCAAGCCUUGUGGCGUCAUUAUGCAUAAGGUCUAUUCAUAAACUGAACACUAUAUGAUAUAUGGAUGUUUUAUCCUGUACAUUUUCUAUCAGCGUCUAUAUUCUGUAAUCUAAAGUCUGAAAUGACAUGUUCUCUUGUGUACUCUAUUGAUUUGCGUUUAAUUUUAGUCUGUGUAACCUGUACAACUGGCGUUACAAGAAACUGGGGAACUUGCAGCACGUGCACAGCUGGCCGGAGUAUUGCACGGCUAACGCAGGAUUUUGCUUCGACUUUCAACUCAUCAAUGUGGAAGAUUUCAAUGGAGUGGGAGAAUCUGAACCCAAUCCUUAUUUUUAUCAGGUAAGCUGCAUGUGUAUCGCGUAUUCAUGUCUUGCAAUCACGCGGGAAUAUUACGUCACGCAAAGAAAUUCGCGAUUUUGGAUGGCACCAUGGACGGCAGAAGAACCACUGUCCCUUCGUACAACUGGCUCCUAGAAUCAUAUUCUAUCAAGAUAUGAUGGUUUGGAAACUAAACUGAAGUCUGAGUGUAUGUUAAUUUAUGAACGGUCACGGUGAUCCAGCUCAUUGUAUUCUCGUAUAAUGAAGUAACCGUCCAAGACGAAACAUGCAACCACGAUAAACAAUAUUUAAUGAAGAUGAGACAAAGGAUUUGUGGACGGUGAGGUACAGUUCUACAUCAAACAAAGGUCUUCUAUUCAGUGGCGUAACUACUAUGGGCUCAGACCGGGAGAACCCGGGGGCCCCCAACCCAAAUGGGGGCCCCCAGGCUUAGGCGAUAGAGCAAAAACAUUGGCCAGGGCCUCUGAUAUGUUACAAUGUCGUUUUAUGACCAUCAGAAUUCUGUAAAAUCUCUUUCCAAAGUCCAGGAAAUGGCAUUUCAGAGAGUCUAGAUUCAAAAAUUUUCCGGAUGAGCAUUCCCUGGACCCCCUAGAAAACUUGUGCAUAUACAGCGCUCGACUCGUGCCUUUGGCAAUUCUACUGGGGGGCCUUCGAAAAUUUUGAACCGGGGGCCCCCUGAUAUAACGUUACGCCACUGCUUCUAUUUUGUGGCUUUGAUGUUUUCCGGGCUUCCAGACCAUCUUAUCUUGACAGACUAUGCCGAAAUCGAAGCCCAGGUUCAGUAUCCAACACUUGUAUUGUAUAUAAUUUGAAUUAUUACAUUUCAAAAUAUUUCAUAAUUGAUGUAUCUUUCAUUCACUGUAGAAUCUAGGUGAAGCAGAAUAUACAGCUGCAAUAUUUAUGUACAUGAGAUUGCUUGGUUAUCCUGCAGAAAGGAUCGCCAUUUUAACCACAUACAACGGUCAGAAACAUCUCAUACGUGACGUAAUAAGAAAACGUUGUGGUGAGAAUCCGAUGAUAGGAUGGCCAUCCAAGGUAUGUUCCAGAGGGUUACAGUAUGCGUCAUUCCAAGAUUGAUAUAAGGAGGCUGGGUAUAUGACUUUAGGCUACUAAACUAAUGCUGACGAAGACCGUGGCAGCUUAUUUUGGGAUGUUUUAUUGGUCUCUCGCUUACGAGAAAUUCCAGCCAGAAAGUUUUAAAAGUUUUAUAAUAAGUAAUCGACCCAAAUUCAUUUCAAUUCUAUUUUUAGAUUACGACAGUGGAUCGUUACCAAGGGCAACAAAAUGAUUACAUCAUUCUUUCGUUGGUUCGUACGAAGACUAUCGGCCAUCUCCGAGAUGUACGUCGGCUUAUCGUCGCAAUGUCUCGAGCCCGUCUGGGAUUGUACGUCUUAGCUCGCGCCAAUCUCUUCAGAAAUUGUUUUGAACUAACACCUGCAUUUGAUCAGGUAUGUAUUGUGUGAGGCGGUAUUCUUUCGCACUUAAUGCACAUCCAAACUACAGAGUAAUCACAUACAGAGGUCUCAUUAUAAUCAGGAUAAUCUCCCAACCCAAAUACGGUAAAGGCUCUUUUCUACUCAUCGCAAAACCCAACUCGCAAGAUGGUUGCAACUACUUUCAUCCAAUCACAAUGCUCGACAGUUUGUUUUAAUUAGAUGCAAGUACUCGCAGCGAGCUUGCGAAUUGGGUUUUGCGAUGAGUGGAAAGGAGCCUUACCACGCCCUUGACCUACAGUAACAGGCUUAACGGUAAGAGGCAGCGUACUGACCGCAUCUUCCACCCGUGCUUUCCUUCAAACUUAACUGUUCCUACUAGAGGUCCAUUAACUGGUUAUUCCUUGUUUGUUUGGUGUUACUACAGGAGGAAACCUAAACCACAGAAUAAGGUACACAGAAGGCCGACUUCUUGGUUUUUCCUAUGAUUUUCCUAUGAUUUUGGCGUAACCCGUAAUUCGUCAUCAAAUGCUGACACCAUGGUCGCAGCCAGUGCGCGUUUGAGAGGCAUUCACCCCCCUGAUAUUUUCAAAAUGGCGGACGUCCAGGGGGCCUCUCAAACACGCACUGGCUAGGACCAUGGCGUCAGCAUUUUGAUGAUGAAUCAUGGCGUGGCAGCGGUUACUCGUGUCGACCUUCUGUGUGCCUUAUUCUGUGCCUAAACUAAAGUUACUCUCAAACUAUCCUCAGUAACACGACCUAACGUAAAUUUCAACAUUCUUUAGCUCACGUCACGACCGUUGAAGCUACUUUUGGCAAUGCGUGAACGAUAUCCACCCACAAGACCGGUAAGCUGGCUUUGAAUUACAAUUGUGUCUUCGAAAGAAAUUUACACUGACCAGAUGUCAGACACAUUCACCAAAGCAUACAGUGAUCACAGAAACCCUGAUCGUAUCAACUAGCCUUGAGUAUUUAAAACCAAGAAUCCCUGGUUACUAGUCCACCUAACAUAAUCUGGUUAAUUCAGCCAUAUAGCCUGGUUAAAUUAACCAGAAAUCCUGGUUAAAAUAGCCACAAUAGUAAUCAAAUUAACCAGGACUGUGGUUACAUUAACCAGAAAAUGUAACCAGGAACAUUAAGUUACCCUAAACAGUGUUAAUUUUAGAUUAACCUGGAAAUUUUUACCCAGGAUGUUUUUAGAGUGAAGAGCUUUUAUACACACACAUUGAUCAAAGGCAAAGCAGACUUUGAUCACGAAAACUACGAUUUCAUAGUAUAAACCAGCAUUAAUGGACUGCUUGUACAGUAAGUGGUUAAAUUGUUCAUCAUCUUCUAUAUUUUUCUUUGCUCUCAGUACAACCAAGGUCCAGCAUUUGAACCAUUUGCAGUUGAAGACAUGCCUCAUAUGCAUCGUAUUGUGUACGACAUGUACCAGGAAAUCGUCGCUGAAAUGAACGCACAACAACAGGUACUCUAUGACCAUAGGCGUACGAGACAGGGGCAGGGGGGGGGGAGGUAAUGGAAAUUCGAGCAAAUGCUAGGAAAAAUCAAGAAAAUUCGGGCAGAUUUAUCAGAAAAUAUGUUAAAAUCAGGUUAUUUCAUUACAUUCUCCAUACAAUUUGUACAUAUAAUAUAUAUUAAUUAUUAUAAUUAUUGUCAUAUUUGACACGGCUAUUAUUUACUUAGUACCAGCAGCAGCAAUCAAUCCCACGGCCACCUCAAGGCGAAGUUGGUUCGAGUGAAGCAGCUGAAGAAAUGGAUCAAUCUACAGAACAGGACAUCUCAGUACAACCUGCAGAUACUGAAAUGACUCAAGAUCCUCCUGGCUCACCUAUUGUUAAUGAAGUCGAAGAGGAGACAUGAGCUUAUGUGCAGAAGAUGAAACCUUUUCAAAACAGGCUAAUUGAAGUUUGUUCUUUUAACAAAACAACAGUCGCCGGUUUAUACCGCAAUAUAAAAGAGUGAUGCCCUUUCACGUAUGCCAGUAUAGUCAUAAGGAAUAAACUUCUGGUAUUAUAUCGAAGAGGAGUGCUAUGAAAGUCAUGCGCUGCUUUUCACAAAAAAUAACGGCCAUUGGAAAAAGUCACAGAAACAUUGUUUCCUAGCCGUGCUACGCAAAACCUAAGGUGAGCAAACCAUGCAGAAAUCAUUUGUCAGAAACUUUGUCGGUGGAAAUAAAUUACUUCUGAGUAAAAUGCAAACAGUUGAGUAGGUUUUAAUAAUUUGAAUUUUUACUACCAUUGAACAUUUAGUAUAUUUCUUUUAAAGAACAUUUAGUAUAUUGAACAUUUGAACAUUUAGUAUUGAACAUUUAGUAUAUUUCUUUUAAAUCUGUUUUAAACUAGAUUGAACGACUGAAACGCGACAUUUUAAUAAGUUAUCUGCGACAUACUUCAAAAGCAUGUUUACAUCCGAGUCUACUAAACCCUAAUUAAUGGUACUCUUCUUCUUGCGAAAACACGUCUUUUACUGCAUUAGUCGUAACAUUCUGCCCAAAUCUGUCGUAUCUUUUGCCACACUGCAACCGUGCUGUCAAUUUUAAACUUCUGUUCUUGAGAAUUUUGCCGAAUAGCAGGAAUAGUGGUAUGACAAUCAGUGGAAUGGUUGCUGCCACAAUUAAAAUAAAUUCUAGAGUCACUAGAAAAGAACACGAGAAAAAAACCGCUCAGCCAUGAAAUGGAUUUUUUGCGCCUGAUGAUUUCACUGGUAAAUUGAAGACCCUUGCCGCAACCCUCAAUUGUGCAUUGAUGGCAAAAAAUCAAAAUGAUAAACCUACUUUUUGAGCAGCUUUUCGCACCGGCAUCUGAUGUGAAAAAAUCGUUGGUACACUUUUUACAUUGCUCAUUCCUAUAGUAAAACACAACUUUUUAUGGCACUUAAAUCUUAAUAAAAUUAGGAGAUGUAGAUAUUUCUAAAGGCGACCAACAUCUGCAUGGUAAAACUGAACACUUUCUAAAACCUAUCGAAAGCCUUGUACAGUUUGCUAUUAUUCUUAAUAAAAAAACAUAUCCUACCCUGAUUUCGGAGCGUACGUGCCUUCUCCACACAGACUGCAAUUUGUACUUCCAGUACUGGAUGUGUAUGUCCCUUCAGGGCAACUGUAAAAAUAAAUUUUUUCUUUGCAAAUAAG